CAUCACCUUCCCUUCUUUAAAAAAAUUCCCCAAAUUAAUUUUAUUCAAAAUCGUCAAAACCCUAAUUUUCUAACAAACUCUCUAAUGGCGCCGCCGCCAAUGAAAUCGAACAAGGCAGGAACGCUAAAAUCAGAGACAGACCAACAGAAUUCAGCGGAAGUCAAAGAAUCGAACAAUCUAUGGGUAGGGAAUAUAUCGAGAGAAGUAGCAGAUUCAGAUCUAAUGGAGUUGUUCGCGCAAUUCGGUGCGCUUGAUAGUGUAACGACGUAUUCAGCAAGAAGUUAUGCGUUUGUGUACUUUAAACAUGUUGAAGAUGCUAAACAAGCUAAAGAUGCCUUGCAAGGGAGCUCUCUUCGUGGAAAUCAGAUUAAAAUCGAGUUUGCUAGACCGGCCAAACCUAGCAAGUAUCUGUGGGUGGGUGGAAUAAGCUCAUCAGUUUCUGAGGAACGGCUGGAAGAAGAGUUUCUUAAGUUUGGUAAAAUCGAGGAUUUUAAGUUUCUUAGAGAUCGAAAGAUUGCAUAUGUUGAGUAUUUGAAACUGGAAGAUGCUUUUGAAGCAAUGAAAAACAUGAAUGGAAAGAAAAUUGGUGGUGAUCAGAUUCGUGUGGAUUUUCUUCGAUCACAAUCCACAAGAAGAGAACAGUUACCUGACUUUCUUGAUUCAAGAGAGGAUCAGUUUUCAGCAACACAAUAUGGAGUUAGACGACCUCAGCUACCUCAGUCUUUGGGAGGACGAAAGGAUGGUCAACCCAGUAAUAUUUUGUGGGUAGGCUAUCCUCCUUCUGUGCGGAUUGAUGAACAAAUGCUGCAUAAUGCCAUGAUUCUUUUUGGCGAGAUUGAGAGAAUCAAAAGCUUUCCUUCAAGGCAUUAUUCAUUUGUCGAAUUUAGGAGUGUUGAUGAAGCCCGGCGUGCUAAAGAAGGCCUGCAAGGGCGGCUUUUCAAUGAUCCUCGUAUCACAAUUAUGUUCUCAAGUAGUGGGCUGGCACCUGGGAAAGAAUACUCUAGUUUUUAUCCUGGAGUUAAAGGUCCACGGCCAGAGAUGUUUAAUGAACAUCCUUUUACACCCAUGGAUGUCAUGUUCGAUCAACCUGGGGGGCCAGGAAAUUUCAGUGGUCCAUUUCCACCUAGUGGCAUUCAUAGACCUAACCUGCCAGUAAGGCCUUUUGGUCCUCAAGGUGUUUUUGACACUUUACUUCAAGGUGGAGAGUUUAACGAUUUAGCUCCAUCUCAUAGCACUCGAGAUCCUGCAUCUGGGAUCCUUCCUUCUCCUGCUUCUAGUAUUAGGCCAUCCAUGAGGUCGGUUUCUAGUGGUUGGGAUGUGCUUGAUCCCAGCCAGUUUCCUAGGGAGGCCAAGCGAUCAAGGAUUGAUGCUGCACCAUCUAUUGAUGAUGAUUCUUUUCCAGCUAGAAAGAUGGAUGAUCGUGAUCUGGGGUUGGACAAAUCAUAUGGGCUAGGUCCUAGAGGUGCAUAUCCAAGUCUCCAGGGGAAUAGUAGUCUUAGUCCAGUUGGUGGUAGGUUUAAGGGUCAUUUUGAUAAUGAUUUCAUAUGGCGUGGGAUUGUGGCCAAGGGUGGAACGCCUGUAUGCCAUGCCCGUUGUGUCCCAGUAGGUAAAGGGAUAGAAUCAGAGAUACCUCAUGUCAUAAAUUGCUCAGCAAGAACAGGGCUGGAUAUGCUGGCUAAACACUAUGCUGAGGCAAUUGGGUUUGACAUUGUCUUCUUCUUGCCGGAUAGUGAAGAAGAUUUUGCUUCCUAUACAGAAUUUCUGCGUUAUUUGGGUUUGAAGAAUCGGGCUGGUGUAGCAAAGUUUGAUGACGGGACCACUCUAUUUCUUGUGCCCCCAUCUGAUUUCUUAAAGAAUGUGUUGAAAGUUGCAGGACCUGAACGCUUGUAUGGUGUAGUUCUCAAGUUGCCACAACAGGUCCCUAGCAACACAUCAAUUCAGGAACAAUUGCCUCAGCCCAUCCAUUUUUCUCAGUAUACAGACAGUCAGAUUCCACCACCAGAAGCUGACUACAAUCAGCUCCGUCAGGGGGAGGAGCGAGUAAUGCCAAUCCAUCAUAACAGGUUUUUGCAUGAGGAUUCAAAGCUUCAUCCAAAAUCAUUUUAUCCUUCGACAACAGAGUCCAUUGCAGUGCCACCAGUUCCCCAAGAGUAUGCGCCAAAUCUUAGUGCAGGACCAUCCACUGCGGGAGUUUUGACACCUGAGCUUAUUGCUACUCUUGCAACUUUAUUGCCCACUAAUAAGCAGUCAUCUAGUUCAGAAAGUAAUCAACCAGCAUUGGGCUCUUCUAUUGUCAGGCCACAAUUUUCUUCAGUUGCACCUGACAGAGGAAUUUCCUCUCAGGGAUGGAAGCAUGAUAAUCAAGUUUCUGGAAAUGCAAGUCAUUUACAAAUGGGGAACCAGUUCAGUUCUCAGGUUCAGGUUCAGUCUCAGUUCCAGCCUUACCCAUCUGUCCCCAACACAUAUAGCCAUUCAGUAACUGUGGUCCCUAGCAACAAUCAGAUCCAAGAUUCUACUGCCAGCCUAUCGCAUCAGAGUGUAACUUCAUCCAGACUAUUGACUAAUUUUUCUAUGCCUUCUCAAAGUGGACAAUUUGCUUUGUCUCCACAGGUUCAGGGAACGAAUUAUUCUCAGACCCAAUCAGGGAUCCCACCAUCUGCAGACAGAGGGAACUGGGAGCUCCCCAAUCAAGUGCAGCAAUUCCAACCUGCUCUUUCUGGAUCUGGCCAGGGCACCUCAGAGGUUGAGGCUGACAAGAAUCAGCGCUAUCAGUCAACUCUGCAGUUUGCAGCCAACCUCCUGCUCCAGAUACAGCAGCAGCAGCAGCAGAAGACUGCUACCAACCCAGCUGCACACGGAUCUGGAAAUCAGCAAUGAGUUUGCUCUCAUCAAGGUAAUUAUUCCUGCUGUGACUUUUUAAUUUACUCAAUUGUUAGGUCCUUUUAGAAUAAAGUGAUAGUGCAGCUGUAAGUGUGGUUUGAAUGUUCAAGUGAUUAAAUGUGUCUAUUAUUUGUCUAUGAUCUUGGCUCACAGGUAUAGUACAGCAUCUUCUCUAGUAAAGUGAACAUUGUGUUGUUUCAUGUAUUUUUUUUCCCUUAAUUUAAUUGCCCAUAUCCAUUGAAAACCUUUUUAGAUAGAUUAGCAUUGGAAUGCAAGAUCUGCUAUGAUUGUUAUUUGAUAGAGGGUCUGCUCUGAUAUAGAAAACAACAAUGUGCAAAUGAGUAAAUUAAUCGUCAUGCUUGUAGUCUUGUACAUUACAUUUAAGAUGGUAACAUUAGAUGUUGGGAAAUAGAAUUGUCAUGGCUGUUUGGAAGAGCUUGAGUUGCUGUGAGGUGCCCAGGAAGAGAUGACUUACUUUAGAUCGGGUUGGGACUUAAUUAUUGGAGUUCUGUUUGAUAUUGAUGAUAUAAGGGAUUUCAUUCAGGAAGAAAUGGACAAUUUUAGAUCAAGUUAGAACUAGUUUUUUGGAGUUAUUUUUGGUAAUAAUGAUACAAGGGAUUUGAUGUGGAAGAUAGUCUUCUGAAGAUGAUUGCUGGCAUCAUAUGCUACAGUUUGGCAUUUGGAGAGCUGACUAUGCUUCAACAGUGUUUCUUUCAAGACUGUUAUUUUUCAAGGAACAGUGGUAUGUUUUAGGUUGAAUCGGUUGGUUUUGGUCUGUAACUGUAAUUGUUUUUUAUCGGAUAAUUCAAUCAUCAUCUCUUCUGGGAUAUUGGCUUUCAGCUUGUUUUAUUUGCUUAAAUUAACAUUGAAGCUGAUUUUCUAUGGCCUUCAGCUUGUUUUCAAUGGGUAAAAUAACCUUGAAACUGGUUUUCUCUUGAUAGAAGUUGUUUUUUAAGUUUUGGGGAUUGGUAGACAUGUUUCAUUUCAUUUUUAUAUUCUAAUCCAGAAAAUUGCCUCUCUACUCUAGCGAGCGUUGAUUGUAGCAGCCAAAGGAAAAAAAAUGAGAAUCUAUUCUUGUCUUCAAGGUAAUGUUUGGUACCAAAUAAUGAAUGCAAUUUAAUGGAGAGGAACAUAUUCGUCUCUCCACUACAGUGCAAUCACAUUCCAUUACGAUCUUUUAAAUGUAUCAUAGUUUGAAGAGCAAGCAUCAUUUUUUUCUUAAAGACAAUCUGUUAGUGCUUGAUGCAGCAUUAAAUCAGGCACAUAAUAGAUUUAAGGUUAAAUUUUAUGGGACUGAAUUAUAAGCUUAGAAAUAGGAUUAAUCAACUUCAUGCUGUAAUGCAUGGGGAUUUGAGGUGGAAGGGAUGUUUUUGUCUCCUAGUCAUUUGUGGGUCAUGUCUGCAGUUUAUGGACAGAAGGUUUGCUUGUAACGUAGCAGCAAUGAUGACAGCAGAUUGCUUAUUCUAUUUUGAACCAUGCCUUGGAAAUGAUAAUGCAGCAAAAUGAGGGUGAUGUUGGUGGAGGGUUAUAAUGUCCACUUCGCAAUCAGUGGCAUUGGUAAUGAAAUUAGGAACAAUAUUUUUUAUUAUGAGAUUAACUGAAUGGGCAGCUGUUUAAAGAGGUUGAAUCCAAGCAUUCUACUUCUUUGGAUGCCCUUUUUGCUUAGGAUUGCGCCUUUUAGCUUACGGAACAUGACAAUCAACUCUGCUCUUUUGGUGCUUUGCAGUUUCUGCGCACUGUAACAUAUCUUCAUGCUUUUGAUGCUUUAAAUUCUGUUAGUCAUUGAAUCCCCAUGCAUUCAAUGUUGACAUGCAUGUCAUUUUUAUUUCUAUCAGACCUGUCUUAUAAUCUCUCUUUGCAUGACCAAUUAUGGUAUUAUAUUAUGUUGUGUAUCAUCGUUCAUCUUUACUGCUAUCAAGUUUUUUCUCUUGCUGAUUAGAUGUAUUCAUUUGUUUGUUGAUGCUUAAUGUUGAGUGCCGGAACAGAUGGCUAUGCUUUCGUGGUUUUAAAUGCAUGUUUCUUUUUAUAUGCUUUUAUUUUAUGGUCAUAUGCUGCCCUUUUUGUUUGCAUUUCUAUUAUCUAAGCUUAUAUUUCUCUGACACCGUGUAGCUCUUUCUUUUUCAUCAACUUUUCAUAUGUUACCAAAAUUUAGGUUGGAUUUGCUUAAUUGUAACCAUGAGAUGUAAUUGUACUUUGUAAGAGUUGGUUUUACAUAAAUAUUUAAGACAUCUGCUAUUGAAUUUCC